CUUUGGACGUCAGCGCCAUUGCUUAACGGUUUUUAACUAUUCAUGGUAGAAUUAUUUUUUGUUUUAGGCGAAGUAUAGGCUAAACUAUUCCUCCUGACUCAUUCGGACGAGGUUUUCUAUCUCUUACGAGGUAAAUCGACGAGAUGGAGGAUAAUGUUCCAGAGCAGGUGGAAGAUUCUGCAGCAAAGACGGAUACCUCAGAGAUGAAAAAAGAGGUAAAGACGGGUCCUGACUAUAAAUCGAGAGGCCGUGGAAUCAGGGGGCGAGGUAGAGGCGGCCAGUUGGGACGAGGAGGUCGCGGUGGACCUGGAAUGAUGAUGAAAGGUUUUGGCCCACAAGGUCGAGGAAGGGCCAGGAAUCACGAUGGGUUCAUGAAUGGAUUCAGACCAAUUAGGAGGGGAAUGGGUAGAUCACCACCAUAUCUGGAUAUGCAAGGCAGAAAACGAGGCAGAGGUGAUGCUAUGAGCAUGUGUGUAGGACCACCACCUCCUCCUCCUCCUCCACCUCCUCCUCCUCCUCUACCCAUGCAUCUAAGGGGACCUCAUCCACCUAUGCACAGGCAUGGUCCACCUCCGCCACUUCCACCACCUCCACCCGGGCAUCUUCCUUUCAGAGGUUUUCCUCUGCGCCCAAGAGGACGGGGCAUGAUGCCCUCCGGCUCCCAUCGCCACUUCCACCCCAGAGGCUACCACAAUGGACCCCCUCCUCUUCCUCCUCCCCAUAUGCCUCCAGGCAGAGGUCAGCGCUGGCCGGGGCCCCCUGCUGGCUGGCGGUUUUAAAGCAGCUCAGACUUAUUGCGAAAAAAAAUAGAUAUAUAUAUAUUUCUGAUUAGUACCGCCAGGGUGUAACCAGUGACUACUAGUAAUACUCAUACUCAAAUAUACUCCAGAUACUCCAGUCCCUGAUCAACUCACUCCAUUUUCUUCAGUGUAUUUAGAAGGAAUCUCAAAAGCACAGUCAUUCGCUGGUUCUCUGAUAAAUCUGAUAAGUACCUUGUGUUUAAGUUUGUUACUGUUUGCAAAGAGCAGCUCAUUCUGUCCCCAUUAAACAGCAUUUAGUUUGCGUGGUGCUAACCCCGUAAGCCUUAACGAUCCUUUUCAGUGGCUCGUAAAGAAUAAUAAAAAGUACAUUUGAAGGAACGAGAGAGAAACAAAUUAGCCCUAGUGUAAAAGUAGCUUCUUUUUCAAGACUCCUUGGGCCUCACAGACUUUUACUGUUGUUCAAUGUUUAGAGUUUCUUUUAGCUAUGACUACUCAGUAUUUACAAAUUGAUACAGCUCUUGCUAUAUAAACUUUUACAACAAAAAAAGAAGAAGGAAAAUUAGAAAUAAAGACCUUGUUCUGUAUGUGCAGUGUUUAUGAUUCAAAAGUGACACUUUAUUUAAUAAAUGUGCAGCUAUUUUUACGUAAAAGUGUAAAUAUUGCUGUUGAAAUUAUAUCUUUCUAUUUGUGUUCAGCAGUCCACUCUGGUGACUGAUUUGACAUUUAUACAAUGACAUGGAUUAAUGUUAGAUUAGCACUGUGUCUAAUGUUAAAAUGUUCUCUUUAUGAUGAUCCUUUUUACACACUGUAACUGACUUCUGUGGAUUUGUGAAAAUUGUGUAAACUGGUUAAACGUUAACAGCUUUGGACAUAGUCCAAAUAAAGUUAAAACAAACUCACUCCUUCUUCACGUCCAUUUAUUAAACCAUGGAAUAAACCAUAUGAACCAAAAUGGACACUGAUAUGUGGAAAAAAAAACAUAUCAGUAUUUCCCCAAUUUUUUUUUUUUUUGUACAAUAAUAUUAUUAUUUCAUUGCAUGCGAGACUUGAUGUAAAUGUAAUAUUUCCAGGUGUCUCAUAAUGUAGAACUAAAAUGCUUUGGGGAACUUAACAUCUUAAAAUAGUGUGACGUUCUAAAAAGCAGAAAGCGUGGCGAAGAAAUCAUUAAAUGUAUGAGACAAGCGCUUUUGAAAGCUGAAACUCUUAAACUUGGCCCACUACUGAAAUCAGGAGUCCCUAAUGUACAGUAUUUCUCUCUCUCUUUCUUUUUCCUUUUUCUAUUUCAUUAAA